GUCUCGCGAGAUCCGCCGCGUGCGUGAGGCUGGCCGUGGCUUUGCAGCAGACGGAGGGAGAAGGCAGGCAGCAUCAUGGCGGACAGAGACAGUGGAAGUGAGCAGGGAGGAGCGGCUACGGGCCCAGGCUUCGGCUCCAUGCACCUACCGACAGGGGGGGCGGGCUCGGCUUCCGGGCUCCAACACGAAACGCAGGAGCUGGCUUCCAAGAGGGUUGACAUCCAGAACAAGCGCUUCUAUCUGGACGUAAAGCAGAACGCGAAAGGCCGCUUCCUGAAGAUCGCUGAAGUCGGGGCUGGUGGAAACAAGAGCCGCCUCACCCUCUCCAUGUCCGUGGCGGUCGAGUUCCGAGACUAUUUGGGGGACUUCAUCGAGCACUAUGCCCAGCUGGGACCCAGCAACCCGGGGAUGAUACAAGACGAGCCCAGGCGAGCGCUGAAGAGCGAGUUCCUGGUCCGGGAGAAUCGGAAAUACUACAUGGAUCUGAAAGAGAACCAGAGAGGACGGUUCCUGAGGAUUCGGCAGACCGUUAACCGGGGGCCCGGUUUGGGUUCCACGCAGGGCCAGACGAUCGCUCUGCCCGCGCAGGGACUUAUCGAGUUUCGCGACGCGCUGGCGAAACUUAUUGACGAUUACGGCGUGGAGGACGAGCCCGCGGAGCUGCCCGAGGGCUCGUCGUUGACUGUGGACAACAAGCGCUUUUUCUUCGACGUCGGCUCCAAUAAGUACGGCGUGUUCAUGAGGGUAAGCGAGGUAAAGCCCACGUACCGCAACUCCAUAACUGUGCCCUACAAAGUGUGGUCCAAAUUUGGGACUACUUUCUGUAAAUACGCGGAGGAGAUGAAGAAGAUCCAGGAGAAGCAGCGGGAGAAGCGCGCGUGCGAGCUGCAGCAGCACGAGGAGAUGCAGCCGGACGAUGGAGAUGACGAUUGAUGUAAACAAUUAAAAAAAACAUGCAAGAGUCAUGAAAAAUAACCAGAGAAUUAUCAUAAAUCUACUGUUUAAAGAAAGAAAUCUAAAAGAUUUUAACUGUUAUGGUUUAACUCCAAGGGAGCAUCACUCUCAACACAAAGUUCUGACAUGUUCAUCGCUGGAUGUUACCCCACUUAUCACAUUAAUACAGUAACAGGCUGCUAAACCAAGUAAUAACCGAAUAUUUGAACAUUGUUUCCUACUUGACAAACUGAGUAUUUCCCUUAACUUUUGUACCAGUGAAAGCUAUUCAAAGAGGAAGGUGUUGGCUAUGCUUGGGUCCAAAUUGACCCACGAAAACGGGUCAAUAUGGGCCCAAAUACAAUAUUAUGGUUAAAAGGAAUUAUUGCAGAGUAAAAAAAGUUUCAUUUAUGACUUUAGCACAAAUAUUUUUUUUCCAAACCAAAAUUCCAACAUAAAAAACAAACUUUGUAAAAGGUAAUUCACCUUUGACCUGUGAGUAGAAUUGUGUUUACACAGGAAUCAUAUGAGGGCUAGGCCUGCUUUCGGAAACUGGUUAGAUGUCAUGCAGUAUUAACGGAAAAAAAUAAUAAAAAAAAACAUAUAGGCAUUUUCAUGAAAUGAAAUAAGUGCUAUAUUUGUUGUGCAAUAUGCAUUGCAUCAAAAUCAAUUAUUAUGAUGACCUUUUGCCCUGAGGCAUUCAAAGAAAUAUGAGUAUUGUACUUUUUUUUUGUUUGGAAAAUUUUAUUUUAGUUGAAACUGUUGCCAUGCAGAUAGAUAUAUUAUUGACUACCUUCAGUGUCCUGUUGUUAAUGCAAUGUGUUUAAUCUUUAAGGUACUAAAUGUGGAUUUGAUAGAGGAAAUGCAGUGACAUCAUGUAGCAAAAAAUGGCCAGAUUAUUUACCGAGACAAACAGCCUGCACAAACUGUUGUUGGUAGUAAAGUUCGGAGGAGCGUGUCCCAAACCGCGACAUUUUGUGACCUUAUUUAGUCGUCUAAAUGGUGCCAAGGAGAGCUUUUGCUGCAUGUUAACCUGCACCAUGGUAUAUCAGCCCUUCUUGGACGUACAUUUACCUGCCUAUAAUCCGCAGAUCUGGAGUUUGAGCUCCGAUCGGUGUCCAUCCAAAGGGUAGAAAAUGAAAAAAAUGAAGCUUUAUUAUAGCAAAUAUUGUACAAACGGCGUCCCUGAGAGUACCGCCGUCAUUUUUUUUUUUUAUGCUAAAUUGAAGAGUGCUUACUUUACGGAAGUUCAGUCGUGCUCUGUUUGGGGUUUUUUUUUUUUGGCCUAAUUGGAACCACUCGGGCUGCCGUAUGGGGGGAAAAAAGACGACUGGCCUCUUCUUGUCCAGUUCGGUCGCAUCUCAUAGAUGCGUGUUUUAUAAACUCCAGAGAAACUGACAACAAUCAGAUUAUGUCAGCUUUACCUCAGCAUUAAAGUCAACGAUAGCUCCCGCGUUUGGAUCGACUGGAAACCAGCAAACCAGACUGUCCUUGACCACUUCUUCUUCUUCUUCUUUCUGGUUUUAGCCGAAGUGAUUAGGAGCGUCCUCUUCAGCAUAUAAACAACCUGGUGCCUUACACACUCUGCAUGCUUACACGCUGGCCCGGUGCUUUGGAUCGCUUCUUUCUUUCUUUAAUUUUUCCCCUCCUUUUAUGUCCGAUCAUUUUUGCUUCCAUUUUCAGCCCCCCCUCGUGUGCUAGUGCACGAUUUGUGGUGCUAAAAGGGUUAAUUUUUUUGUUCUUUGUUUCUUUAAAAACAAACCCUUAAAGAAAAUUGAGAGCAGAAGUCUCUGCUGUCUUCCUUUCCUCUCCGAAAUGUCCCCGUCUCCCGCCAUCCAGGUAUCGGCCUACAUGUAAACAUGGAAGGGGUGGUCACCGAGAUGCACGAUGAUGCAGAGGAGUUCACUAGUCGAGCGGUUCAGAAGAACAUCCGCGUUGAAUUGUUGGUAAGACCCCCUCCUUUGGAUUGCUUGUCCCUCCACCAUUAGGUAGAAAGUUCAACUAACGGGGAGUAGCAAGCAUGUUUUCAUUUAUUUUGAUGUCAGCAUUAUUUCACUUUAAAUUUUUUUUUAAUGUUUUUGCCCACAAAAUAUAUUAAAAAAAAAGAAAGAUAAUCUAUUUUUUCUGUGCAACAUUUCAUCACUUUGUGCAAUAUCGUAUGUGCCAUUGGUGGCAAUAUAUGUAUAUCAAUUAAAAUAUGAGUACUAUUUAAAAGCAUGUGGCUGAUUUCCAUGUUUUUUUUUGUUUUCUCAUGAAGGACUUGUUUGCCUUUAAUUGCACUCGACGCUCUAACCUGAAGGAAAUCCUAGCCAACCGAGGUGUUAGCAGCCUGUUGGGUCGAGCAGUUCACAAUUAACUUGAAUCAGCAUCGUCACUGCAAGUGUGCCCCACUCUCAAAGAUAAGGGUGUGCGCUUUGGUUCAUGGGUUAUUGAAGGUAGACUGUAAACAUACAAUGGAGUAUUUGUAAAAAAAAAAAAAAGUGAAAAAAAGAGGAAAAAUCUCCAUUUUAGCUUUAAGCUAAGAAAAGGUGCUUCAGUCCAAUCCUCAUUAAGGUGUAUGGUGAACUGUCGUCGUUUGUAGCACUUUGCUUUCCCAGGCUAAUGAAAGGCCUGACCAAUACUAUUUGAAAAAAAAAACAGAUCUUGAAGAAUGUCAUUUCCUUUUUUAUGUUGCCUCUUUUUUUCUGAACAGGAUGUUUAAUUUGCUCAUAUGGUUUGAUGCAUUUAAUAUAAUUUAUGUACAAUUGACAAAUUUUAAAAUAAAAUUAAUUUACCCAGUGAGGGAAACUAUA